GUCAAAGAAGGUAGCUCAUUUUCAGAAAAAUUUGUUAGACUAUUACUAGAUAAUGUUUUGAAAAAUCUGAUAUGAUGCUCGAACAGGUUAGCCUGAAACCCUUGGAUGGGGUUAAAGAACCUAUCAAAUUGCCCUCUGCUUCUACCACAGUUGGAAGGGGCCCUCUCCUCAGGUGCCCAGACAAGAAAGUAUCAAGGAACCAUGCCAUUUUAGAACUUGACAAGAAUGGUCAACUCACACUAAAACCAAUCCAUGUCAACCCAACCUUCUUCCAAAAGCAAGGAGGAAAAGAACAGCAGACCCUGGUGAAAGACAAGCCACAUAUCUUGGAAGCUGGAGAUGUCUUCAGCCUCCUUCCUGAUCAGUAUUUUUUUGAAGUUAUCAAAGAGGGCAAGUCAAAUAACAUUGAUCAGAAUUCGAAAGAAAAUGGUCACAACAAGAGUGAAGAAGACAUGGAGCAGGAGGAUGGAAAAGGAUCUGAGGAGGAAGAAUCAGGAGAGGAGAAAGUCAAAAUUAUCAAAGGUGCAGGCAAUAAAGAUGUAGCACUUCCACUCAAGAAAAAGAGGAAAGUACCCGAAUGGAUGGAGGAUGUUGCAUCAAAGUCACCCAAGAAGGAAAAGAAAGAGAAGGCAGCCCCAAAGCCAAAAGCAUCACCCAAAGCCAAACCUAAAAGAGCUACCUCUAUUACUCCAAAGAAAGAAAAACCAAAGCCCCAGCGAGAGUCUUCAAGAAGUACGCCAGCAAAACCGAAAUAUGCCGAAUUCAGUGAUGAUGAAGAAUAUGAAAAUGAAGACGACUAUGUUGAAACGAAACCAAGAGAAAAGACUGCACCAAAGAAAACGGCGACUGCGCCUAGAAAGAAAGCAGCUUCUCCACCAAAAGAACAUGACCUGAGUGAUGAAGGAGAAGAUGAGGACGAAGACAAUGGUGAGGAAAGUGAGAAUGAGGACGAAACUCCAUCAAAGAGAGGUCGCAGAAAGGCGUCGCAAAAGAAAACGAAAUACAGUGAAGAUUAUGUCAGUGAGGAAGAUAUGCCACCUCCGUCUUCGGAUGAAGAAUUCGAACCAGAGGAUGAAGGAAGUCUUGAAAGUGAAUUUGAACCAUCAAGCGAUGAUGCGUCAGGAAGUGACUGGGAUGCUGAUCGUAGAUCAAAAAGGAAAAAGCCAAAGCCAAAAGCCACUCCUACAAGAAGAAUGCCGCGCCGAGCCUCAAGUAGCAAAAGAAAGCGCUAUGAUGAUUCGGAUGACUACUCAGAUGACGAGUUCGAUGAAUACAUUCCUCGGCCAAGCAAGAGGAGGGCUGCAGCAAGCAAAGCUGCUGUCAACACAAAAAAGUAUUUAGAAUCAGAAAGUGAGGAAUCGGAAGAAGAGGAGAAACCAGUAAAAAGGGCUGCAAGAGGGAGUCGGCGUUCAUGCCAAUAUGGGAAAAAGUGUUACCGUAAACAAGCUGUUCACAAGAAAGCGUUCGCACACCCUGGAGAUUCUGAUUACUCAUCUGAAGGGGAAGAGGAAGAAUCUGAGGGGGAAGGCGGUGAGGAAGAGGAAGAAGAAGAAGAAGAGGAAAAGGUGGAGAAGAAGAAACAGGAAUGUAAAUUUGGUGCUGCUUGUACAAGGAAAAAUAAACAACAUCUCGACGCAUUUUCUCAUCCUGAAAAAGGAAAAAGGGGAAAUAGAGCAAAACCUAAAGCUGCCAAGAAACUUGCUGAAGAUGAUGAUGAAGAUGAUGAAGAGGACAAAACAGACGAGAAGGACAAAAAGGAAAAAGAGGAAGAGGAAGAAAAGAGUGGAGAGGAAGAAGAAGAAGAACCAGAGGCUAGUGGAUCAGAAUUUGAACUAGAUGAGGAAGACGUAAAGAAGACAGCAAAAAGCAAAAAACCGCCAGCGUGAUUUGGGACUUGAUAUCAAAUGACUAUGAUCAAAACUAAAUAUCUGCGGGAUGAAAUGCCAAGGAGUCCGAAGUCUUUUCAUUGAAAUCUGCUUAAAUAAAGUGAAGUACGUUCCAGGUCAAAUUUGUUGGAAUCAUCUGUGCAUUGAGUGGACAGGACAGGUAUGCUGGUGUACCUUAACAGAGAAAACAUCUUCUGUCCUUCCAAUUUGGCUAUUCUUUCAGCAAGGUUGGUAGGAUUUGGGAAGACAUCCUUAAAACAUCCUUAAGACAUCCCUGUUCUAUUCCAAAACACAAAGAAUAGUGAUCACAUGCAAUGCAAACUAACUGACACAUACUUUGGUUAGUUUUGACAACUACGCAAAGUUUCAAUAAAAAGAUCUGGCGUUUAUAAAUAGUGGAUCUAAAUACACUUGUUGGAAUUCGUCAGCAGCAAAUUUGCUGAACAAAGUGCUGUAUUGACUGGAUCAUUUUCAUUCAUUCUGUAGUAAUAGUUGAAGUAGGGGAGAUGUAUACCAUUCCAAAGGUGUAUGUCUCAUGAAGUGAAAGGCAUUUAUGUUGAAAGCGAUUCUCAUUGGAGGCAUUUGCAUUUUUCCUCAUGCCUGGUAAACUUGUUAGCUAAUUUUAGUACAAUAGUAGUAUUAAGUCAUGUUGUAUGACCAAGAAGGAAGGGAAUUAAUUUGAUGGACCAUGUUUUUCUGUGGUGAGUGGACAGCAUUAUUAAAAGUGGCACAAACCAGGAGGUAGAUGGCUAAAAAAACUCAGUUGCCCUUUACAGAUACCUGCUGUGGAGGAGGGUGUCAUAAUCGUUUUUUUCGUACUUCAAUAUUUUUCCAAAUUAAUUUCUCUCCUUGUUUGGUAAAUGUUGAGUAAUUAAAAUGCAUAUAGUUCAGCUGACGAGUCGUUCUUGUAUGCCAUAUUUUCAUAUUGUAUUUUAUCUCUAGAUCUUUUAUUUUGCCUGAUGACAGCACUUUAUCUCAAAAGGCUUUAUCCAUUUUGUAUUAAGGUCACAAACUAUGAAAAUACAUUUUGGGAAAAGAAAUUGGAUACAUAGAUAUUCUAAACUGUUCAUGAAAUUGUCUCAUUAUUAUUGAAGCAAAUCAAAAUUAUGAAGUUUGAAGAAUUUCAGGUGUAAUUUCAGACUGACGUUUUUUCUCUGAUAAAGUGAGCCAGGAUGGUUAAGGGAAGCGUGCUCAUUGCAGAUUUCCAAUUAAUUGCAGCAGAUCUCAUUGAAAGGUAUUGAGUCGGAAUGAAGCAAUGUGUUUUUUGGGGCGGUGACUAUACUUUUUUGCACUCAGCUUAUCCAAAUUCACUUUUGGAUGUUAUUUAAGAUGGCAUAUGUGACGUUUUCCAAAAAAAUCCCAUUGAAAUGGACAAUCAUUUUCAAUAUUUUAAGCUUCCUUUGACCAACCUCAGUUAUGUUCUCGGCAAAACUCAUUAUGUAUAUAGGAGCGCAUGUCAAUCAUCAAAUCAUUUGUUGGUGAAAUGUAAAACCAUACAAAAAAGCCCAUUUCAUACUCCAUACAAGAAUAUCAUGCCAUGAAAUCAUCCUUUUAUAAAAUCAAUAUCAAAGAAUAUCACAGAAAUGAAGUCGGAUUAAUCGUGUGAAGACUGUCUUUACUACUGUUCAUAUAGCUUUAGCAGCUUAUGUUAGUCCAUGUGCGUAAUUUGUGCUUAGGGUAUAAAAUGGCCUUGUUACUUUAAAUCACUGGUACGGAAGAGGUACAAUCAGUGUGAAUGGUAGUUAUGCUUGCGUAUGUGAAUUGUGUUCCCUAUUUCCUUCUCUAAUUGGGGUUGGGUGGGGGGGGGUCUCCUUAUUCUGUAGCGUUUUAUUGGUACUAUUUUUGUUCGGGGUCUGCCUUAAGAUUUGGCAGCUUAUCAAAUCCCGAUAUAAAAUGGCAGCUUGCGAGAUAUUGCUGUUUGAAACAGUGAACAA